UCCUUUCCAGUUCCUCUUCGUUUUCUUCCGUCUUCUGCAGGUUUGCUCGGCGCUUUUUUCCUCCCUCUUAUCAACGAUUUAGUGUUCUCCUUCUCUCUAUGGGAUGAGUUAGAAGUGAGUGAGGGAGAGCCCACCCAGAGAGAGAGAGAGAGAGACGAAGAAAUGCUAGAAAACCCUCCUCCCGCACCAUUACAAUCGGCAGCAACGGAUUCGCCAGCGCCUGUCAAGCGCUAUGCUCCUCCGAAUCAGAGGAACCGUUCUAACAACAGGCGCAAGUCUUCUGAUGGGCUUGAUCAAGCAAACAGUCUUGGGAAUGAUUUGGAAAAGAAUCAACAUGCUUUAAGAAGUGUUCCUGUUCCUGAUCAUGGAGAUGCUGGUGGCGGUAAUCAUAAAGAGAAUCAGUAUUCAGGACUCGUGGGAUUAGAAGGGUGCAGUAAUAGCAGAGCUUCGCAGCUUAUGAAUGAUCGUUGGACCGCUGCUAUGCAGUCCUACAAUAAUUCCAAGGAUUCAUCUGAAAAGCCAGUUAUUUAUUCAGGAGGGACAGCAGCAUGGACUCAUUUAAGACUUCCUCAUCAGGUUGUGUCUUCAGCACCAGGUAAUGCAGCUUCUGCUUCACAUAUGGACUUCCUGGGAGAACUUCGCCGCCAAAUGAACAGUUCUAAUUCUGAAUUUAACCCCUGAUCACAUGACAUGUUUUUCUUAAACAAGUUCUUGACUGAACCUGGUUUUGCUGAUGUUCAAUUACUUGUCUUGUCUGAGACUCGUGCUGGUUUUUGUGGCAUGUCAGUAUAUAUAAUGUAUGUAACUGGGGAUCCGAUCAAUAUUCUUCCAUGCCCAUAUAUGCAAUGGGUAUACUAUUUUGCUCA